UGUAUAGAUAGAGGGGGAGAUAAAGAGAGAGGAGAAACAUGAGUUGAGUGGGCGGUAGAGGAGCUGAUUUGUGCUGCAGUCGGGCAGCAAACAGUUCCUGUGGGAUUGAUCUCUGGGGAAGGAUAAUCUGGGUAAUCCUAUAACCGGCGCUGUUGGACUCCGCCUCUUUUGCUCUUCACGGAGGCCCCCCCAUCCCUCCCUCUACAUGCCGACCCUUCCGUCCCGUUCUUCUCUGAAAAGUGCUCGAUUGAGCAUCCACCAAGCCAGCACUUUGAGUCUGACACCUGGUCCUGAGCGACUCGUGUUCUUCCAGCGCUACCAUUAGGGCCUGAAGACAUGUGGCAUCCAGUGGCAUCACCUGGAAGUGGGGGCAGCCCUGGAACGGAAAUAGGUUAUGGUCACUACUCUACAGGGCCGAUGAGUACAGCCCACUCCCACCCCCCUUUGAUGGGCAGCAUGGUGGGUCACCCAUCAGUCAUCAGCACCUCCAGGCCCUUACCGUCCCCCAUGUCCACCUUGGGCUCACCAAUGAACGGCCUGGCCUCUCCCUAUCCAGUUAUUACAUCUUCCCUGGGCUCGCCCUCUGUAUCGCUGCAGUCUACUCCCAACAUGAACUUCGGACCACUCAGCAGUCCACAGAUGAACUCUAUGAACAGUGUUAGCAGCUCAGAGGACAUCAAGCCUCCGCCGGGCCUACAGAAUCUGGGAAACAUCAACUACCAAUGUACGAGCCCGGGAGGGAUGUCAAAGCACAUCUGUGCCAUUUGUGGGGACCGCUCCUCAGGAAAGCACUAUGGUGUAUACAGCUGUGAGGGAUGUAAAGGUUUCUUCAAGAGGACCGUGCGCAAAGAUCUCAGCUACACUUGUCGAGAUAACAAGGAGUGCCUGAUUGACAAGCGCCAGCGAAACCGCUGCCAAUACUGCCGCUACCAGAAGUGCCUGGCCAUGGGCAUGAAAAGAGAAGCGGUGCAGGAGGAGAGGCAGCGUGGGAAAGAGCGGGGUGAGAAUGAGGUAGAAUCCACCAGCAGUUUCAAUGAGGACAUGCCUGUGGACAAGAUCCUAGAUGCUGAGUUGGCUGUAGAACCCAAAACAGAGACGUACAGCGACGGCAGCCCCGGGAACUCGACCAAUGACCCCGUCACCAAUAUCUGCCAAGCAGCAGACAAGCAGCUUUUCACCUUGGUGGAGUGGGCGAAAAGGAUCCCGCACUUCUCCGAGCUCCCCCUCGAUGACCAGGUCAUCUUACUACGAGCAGGCUGGAACGAGCUACUAAUUGCAUCAUUCUCGCAUCGCUCGGUCACGGUAAAAGACGGUAUCCUGCUGGCAACAGGUCUUCACGUCCACAGAAGCAGCGCCCACAGUGCUGGAGUUGGCUCCAUCUUUGACAGAGUACUCACAGAGUUAGUAUCUAAAAUGAAAGAUAUGAAGAUGGAUAAGACGGAGCUCGGCUGCUUGCGAGCAAUUGUCCUCUUCAAUCCAGAUGCAAAAGGUUUGUCUAACCCAGCAGAGGUUGAGGGGCUGAGAGAAAAGGUCUAUGCUUCAUUGGAGUCGUAUACAAAACAGAAGUACCCGGACCAGCCUGGCAGGUUUGCCAAACUGCUGCUGCGCCUGCCUGCCCUGCGCUCCAUCGGCCUCAAAUGUUUGGAGCAUCUGUUCUUCUUCAAGCUAAUUGGGGACACGCCUAUUGACACCUUUUUGAUGGAGAUGCUGGAGGCUCCGCAUCAGAUCACAUGACACACGUCUUCCCCUUUCCCUUGUACAUACUCCCGCAUCAUAAGCAAUAUGAUGAUGGAAUUAAAAAGACUUGAUUGAAAUGUAAAACAGCUUAUUUUGUACCCAUUUUAAAAAAAAAAAUGCAAUUAAAAUGUUUAAAAAAAAUGUGGUUGUGGGGAUGGUGGAGUCAUAACUCGAUAAAUUCCAAUAAAGUUGGUUUGGAAUUUUGUAAAUAGCUAAUUUCAGGUGUUUGUUUCAAAAGCCACCAAAUGCAAAAUUUGAAGAAAAAAAAUCAUAUUUUAUUCAAAGCAGAAUUGUAUAAAACAAAAACCAUGCCUGAAUUUCUUAAACGUGUCUGAGAAUUCUUACAGAAUAAAGUUAUUUAAAAAUGUACAUGAAA